AUGAGUUUCUCCCCCUGUCCAUCCGAGCCCCUCGGGUGUAGCAGUAUCCAGGAGCAGAGGGACCGCUGGGAGAGAAAACGCAGCCGAACAGCCAGAGAGUUGGUACAGACUGAACAACGUUACUGCCAACAGCUGGAGCUAGUCACCACUUACUUUGUGGAGAUCUUGAAGGCCAAAGGAACCCUGAAACAGGACAUUAGAGAAAGCAUCUUCAGUUCAAUUAAAGCCAUUCAUUCAGUAAACCAAUCUCUGCUGGUUCAUUUGGAGAACGGUUACUUUGGCCGAGGCUUGGACCAGUUCUGUCCACAUCUGCACCACUACAACACAUAUGUGGACAACAUCUACAAUGCUAGAAAAGUGCUCGGGAUCCAGCUGAAGAAAAAUAAGGCCUUCAGACGUUUCAAGACACUCCAGGAAGCUCGAGCAGAGUUCAACAACCUUAAGCUUGAGGACUUACUUCAUCUUCCCAUCCAGCGGAUUGACCAGUAUAAGCAUUUCCUACAAGACCUGGCUGCUAACACAACUCCAGAAAACCCAGAGUUCCAACAGCUUUCAAGAGCAGUAACUGCAGUGUGUGAAGUGUCCCAGCGUAUCCAGAACAACACCCGCUGCCACCAGAACCACCUGCAGCUUUGCCGAGUGCAGAAACUCCUGAAAGGACGAAAGACCAAGGUGUUGGCUUCAGGGAGGUGGUACAUCCGUGAGGGUUGGCUGAAGGUGGUUCCUCCUAAAGGUGCAGAAGCUAAACCCAAGAUGUUCUUCCUGUUCUCUGACAUGCUGCUGCAGGCCAAGCGCUGCAGUCCACUGCAUCCCACCCAUGGAGACAAGUUCACAGGCCAGCAUGCCUUCCCCCUGCAGGACUGCACCAUGGACAAGGUGUUUGGCCAUACCAGGAGCCAAGGAGGCCUGCUCAGUCUGACUUUCCCCAAAGCCAAACUGCUGCUGAUGUCCAGCAACCAGGAGGAUCUGAAUGACUGGUACCAAAGCCUGAGCUCAGCUAUCAGGAAGUUGCAGUCUAAGCAGACAGUAGUCUAUCAAAGAGAUGAGUUGUGCAGGAGACCUCUCCACUCAUCUGCUGACAGCCAUGACACACCAAACAGCAGCGGCAACAAUCCCAGCAGGAAGAGGAACAUGGUGAACAGUGAACAAAGUGAGCAUGCUCAGACGCCUGCAGUUCAGUGGGAGAGCAGCGCCCCCAAAAGGAUGAAACAGUCUGAUGCUGCAGGGGAGAGCUCAGAGGCGUCUGCAUCCAGCUGUGUGAUCCUCUGA